AUGCGCUGGCGAUACACAGUCCCACCGGACGGGCGAGAGAGAGAGGGCGAGCGAGAGAGACGGGGAGUGUGCUCUCCCACCUCCAACCGAGGUUCAGCCGAUUCCUACACUAGUCGACCCUCUGAUUCCGACCUGUCCCUGGAGGAGGACCAGGAGGCGUCUCGGCGUGAAGCCGAGCGCCAGGCUCAGUUGCAGCUGGAGAGAGCCAAGUCUAAACCAGUAGCAUUUGCAGUGAAAGCCAAUGUGAGCUACUGUGGAGCCAUUGAUGGAGAGUGUCCAGUCCAAGGUGCUGCUAUCAACUUUGAAAGCAAAGACUUUCUGCACAUAAAAGAGAAAUACAACAAUGAUUGGUGGAUCGGUCGGCUGGUGAAGGAAGGGGCAGACAUCACUUUCAUCCCGAGUCCAGUCAAACUCGAAGCCAUGAGGAUACAACAUGAGCAGAAAAAAGCAGCAAGUCAGAGGAAAGGAGGGAACUCUUCAUCCGGAGGCUGGAGGUCCACCCCGCCAUCUGCAGCCAAACAGAAGCAGAAACAGACUGAGCAACUACCUCCAUAUGAUGUGGUUCCUUCUAUGAGGCCAGUGGUGCUGGUGGGCCCUUCACUGAAAGGAUAUGAGGUGACGGACAUGAUGCAGAAAGCCUUGUUUGACUUCCUGAAGCACCGAUUCGAUGGCAGGAUUUCUAUUACACGGGUGACUGCUGAUUUGUCGCUGGCGAAGCGAUCGGUGCUGAACAAGAAGGCCAUAAUGGAGAGAUCCAACACACGCUCCAGUAUCGCGGAGGUCCAGAGUGAGAUAGAGAGGAUCUUUGAGCUGGCCAAGUCUCUUCAGCUGGUCGUCCUGGAUGCAGACACCAUCAACCACCCAUCGCAGCUUCUCAAGACGUCUCUGGCUCCCAUCGUCGUCUACGUCAAAGUGUCCUCGCCUAAAGUUCUUCAGAGGCUGAUCAAAUCUCGAGGGAAGUCACAAAGCAAACACCUCAACGUUCAGAUGAUGGCAGGGGACAAGCUCGCACAGUGCCCGCCUGAGAUGUUUGAUGUCAUCCUGGAUGAGAAUCAACUGGAAGAUGCUUGUGAACACCUCGCAGAGUACUUGGACAUUUACUGGCGGGCUACGCAUCUCCCAGGUUCCGCCCCUGUUAACCCCCUCCUGGACCAAAGUGUGAUCACCCCUCCCUCAGCUAACUCCAGCCAACAGUUCUCUGAGACUCAAGAGUUGAUAGAAUGAUCACUACCACUGACAAAAUGAGCCUGUGCUGUCGGCUGGGAGUCAAGACAUAGAGCACAGGGACCAGGUUGCCACCAGGGGGCAGCAGCUGCCCUCACCUCUCCAAAGCCAGCUACCACCUUCUCUGGUCACACCUGCAGGGCAAAGAAAAAAACAGGAGCAGAGUCCCUGGAGAGGGAGAGAGCAGAAGGUUGGCUAUCUGGAGGAAGAGGAGUCACAAGAACAGGGAGAGGAGGAGGAGGAGGCCGAGGAGAUGAUCUGACCGGUGCCGAAGGAGCCUCCGCCUCUCUGCUGCCCCCUCAGCAAGAGCUCCCUGCUCCCACUGUCAUGUGACAACUCAGGGCCGCUUUCUACAGCUGCACGCGUACUGGUGAUAAAAACCAGUAAAGCAGUGCAGCCCCCGCACACCACCUCCCCUCACCCCUCACUCCCCAUCUCACCCUGACAUCGACCUUGUUCCUGAUUCCUUACUUUCACAUCGGAUGUCACAUCCUGAGCUAGCCCAUCUGUGUUUAGACGCCCAGAGGAGGCCGUCUCAGACACAGAUCGGCUGAUUCAGCUCACACUGUAGACAAACUGCUCACCUGUGAAGUCAGAGUAUGUUAGCAAAUGUAACUGUAGCACAGCAGAGCUUUCAGUGAAACACACAACACAAACAUGCAGUUUAACAACUUAGCGUUCCCCAGGUUUUCUGUAUCAACCUGACUUCCCUCUCUGACCAAAGAGAGCAGAGUAACAGAAAUCCAGUUCUGUGUGUCUUCCAUCUCUUGAGUUCUCUGUGAGCUGUCACUACAGGUGUACCAAUAGUUUCCUCUAAGGCACAGUUGUUUCUGUCAGUCUCAUCCUUUAUAGUCACUUCUCUCAUUGUUUUCCAGUAGCCUCUUAAAAUGAUUCUCUUUAUUGAUUGAAUUUGUUUACAGUUACCAUGUAUACCACUAUCUAAAUAUCUGAGCUGUCAGUAUAGCUGAUGACAUGUCUGUACACGACAGUGAUGCAAACCCACGCACGACAAGCACAGAGAUGCACAACGACAGUGUGUCCAUGCAUCUUUUGUCACAGCUGUGAAUGUAUGAAUGGCUUAGAAAGAAUUAUUUACACCAACUGUGGUUUAUGGCUGGGGGGAAAUCAUACUGUAGAUCAACUGAACUGAAAAUACAAUUAAAUAUGUAGCAAAAAAUUAUAAUUCCAAAGUCACAUAAAGCUAUAAAUGGGAUUUAAUCCAAUCACAUUAAACUGAUCGUACUGUACAGUACGUAUCGUAUUAUUUCUUCUUUCUGGAUAUUCAUAUUUAGCACAUGUGUGAAUUACUCCAGAAGAGAAGAGAUAUAUCACACGUUGGAUUUUCAGGUCGUGUUUUUCACUUUUAAAGUCAAACCGAAAGAUUUAAAGUAGGAUUACUGCUCUGUCCUGAGUAGCUUCACUAUUAAAACUCAUCACUUAUGUUAUGUUGAUCCUCAGUUUUCUAAGUGGACUGGAAAACGCCUCAUAGAGAUAAUUUACUGAAAGUGUUCCAAAGAGUUUGUUGUUAUUUGUUGUUGAUACCAUAUCAGAUGUGAUAUCAUUUAAAUUACACUUCUACUCAGUGGUGUAGUGGUAGGUCGAACAGCGGAUGGACCGUAAACUCCUCUUUUCUCUUUAAUGGUAUAGAUUAAGAUCUUUACAAUUGAAUUGCUCAGUGGCAAAGAUGUACCUGUGACACAUUCACACUGCGGUGAGGGAAGUACUUUAACAUAAUACUGAGGUAGAAGUACAAUUAAAAAGACAAAAAUGGACUCAAAUAAAAGUAAAAUUCUACAUUGUUUUAUAUUUAUAUCUACUAUACGUAAAAGUAAGAACUUGCUUUUAAAAUACAAUUACAGUAUUAAAAGUAGUUUGGCUUAUUAUUUUAUGCAUAAGUCUACUAUAUCAUAGUCUUGACUGUGUUUCUUCACAAGUGAUGCUACUGCAGCAGGGGGCGGGGUCUGAUGUGACCUGCCUGUUCUGAUUGGAUCAGUGGACCAAUUCUACUCUUGUUAUUGAUUACUUUAAAAUAUAAAAAAACAAUGUGAACAUGUAAGGCAGUGCAUUGUAAACAUUAAGUGGAGUAUAGAGAAUAGGGAUAUGUGCUGAUGUUUAUAAUGCAUUCAAAGGAAAGACACUUGAAAAAUGUACUUAAGUACAGUAACUAAGUACAUGUACUUUAUUAGAUCCCACCACUGCAUUUAAAAUCACCCUCCACAAUAAAACUGUGCGACAACUAUUAGAACAUUUUCACCAGACAAUUCGGUCUCCGAGCACGUCGACACACUGAGCAAGACUGAUAAAUAAUUUAAUUGUCUUUUGGCAGAAACAGUACUGCAGGCUUAUGAGUACAUAGAGAGCGCCCUCUGGUGGUAUAUUUAUGUCAUUAUUAGAGGUCCUAUAUGCAAACAAACUGCAAGAGAAACAUUAAAGACACAUUAACCCAUAUAAGGAACAUGUACAAUUUCCAUCAUGAGACAAUUUUUGUUUUGCCAAACUUUGUAAAGCCAUCAAUAAUCUCUUUAAUAUUUAUUUAAGGAUCUUUGCCUCCAUUUCAUGUUUCUCCCUACUCACCAAAAUAAACCCAUCUGCAUCUGCUUUCACCAUGUAUAACUAGAGAGCUCAGCUACCAACAUAACACACAUGUAAAUGAUACAAAGUAUGUGCAUGACACAUUGUAUUCCUGUUUCAUCAGAAGGGCUUUAUAGGACCAUGCUCGCAUUCACUUAUGUAACAUAACCAAUCACCCAUUAUCACAGCUUAACUGUACAUAGUGUAUAUUCAAUAUGCAGAUAUUAUUAUUAUUAUUAUUAUCAUAUUGCACAGAAACAACAAAUGCCGACAGGAAGUACAAAAGGGUUUUAGUCACUAAUCUUUAUGCAGCGCCUCAGAAAGCAUGUUGUUUAUAUGUAUUUUUCCUCUGUUUUGAGAAUGAUGCACUGUAGUUAUUUAGGACCACCGUACCGAUCGCUUCCACUGACACCCACAUCCAUUUCUAAAGGACCAGGUUUGAGCUACAUAACUUCUUCUCGAGGAAACAUAGAGAGCACAGUACCUUCUUACGAUUGAAAAUCGAAAACAAAAAUUAUAAAUAUCAGCUCCUCCUGUCUGCUUAAUCUUUAUCGCAGGAAAAUUUCUACAAAAGGUGAAUUAUUCUUUGGACGUCCAAAGCACAAUUUUUUACAAGUAUCAUUUCCUAUUGUGUUUCACUUGCCUAAAUUCUGUAUGCAAUACAAAGUCUAGACACUAGCUGAGACUAUCAAGAUAUCUCCUCAGUUAUGAUGGGGUAUAAUUGCACUACUAUCAUUUAUAUGUCUGCUUUACGAUGCAAUAAAUGCACUAAAUGUUAUGCUGUACCCACCUCCAAUACUGAACAAGCUGGUCUGAUGGUAAACGUCUCCCAUGAGUUUCUGACAAGUCGACGAGAGAAAUGAGAUCGAACGGUGUCUGACGAUGAUGUGCACAGGAUGCAUCUUUUGUCUUUGGUAAAGUUGAAAGAAGAGGUGAAUAAAAAAACAAACAUUUAAGUAA